GCCCGUGUGCAUGUUCUGGGCUGGGUCUGUGUCCUCUGUGGGAGCUGAUCGGAGCCACGGAUUAGGGAACAGCAUGCACAUGGGUCUGUGGGAUAUCAAGAUGAAUGGGGAUGUGGCAGAUUCCACGGACACUCGCAAUACCCUUAGCCAGGUGGAGACAGGAAGUGAUCGAAAUGGCCUGGACUUCAACAGACAGAUCAAAACUGAAGACCUCAGUGAUUCCUUGCAGCCACCACUAUCACACAGGCCCUGCCACCUAUCUCAAGGACCUGCCAUGAUGUCAGGAAACCAGAUGCCUGGGGACAUGGCUUCCCUCCAUCCUCUCCAGCAACUUGUACUGGUUCCCAGUCCCUUGCAGUCUGUGUCACAGUUCCUGCUGUCUCAGUCUCAGUCUGGGCAACAAGGUCUACAGUCAAAUCUUCUCCCAUUUCCUCAGCAACAAAGCAGCUUCCUCCUCCCACAGACUGGACCUGGCCUGGCAUCUCAGGCAGUUGGUCGCCCUGGGCUGCCAGGAUCGUCCUUAGACUCCCAUCUGGAUGUGUCACAACAUAUUCAAGUCUCCAAACAUUUGCCCAACUCUGGAGGGCCAGAUGAACCUAGUGACCUGGAGGAAUUAGAAAAGUUUGCCAAGACCUUCAAGCAGAGACGCAUCAAGCUCGGCUUCACUCAGGGUGAUGUAGGGCUGGCCAUGGGGAAGCUCUAUGGCAAUGACUUCAGCCAGACCACCAUCUCCCGAUUCGAGGCCCUCAACCUGAGCUUUAAGAACAUGUGCAAACUCAAACCACUCCUGGAAAAGUGGCUCAACGAUGCAGAGUCCUCUCCUUCAGAUUCCACAGUGAGCACCCCCAGCUCUUACCCCUCCCUCAGUGAGGUUUUUGGUCGGAAGAGGAAGAAGAGGACCAGCAUUGAAACUAAUAUUCGCCUAACUCUGGAAAAGAGAUUUCAAGAUAACCCCAAGCCCAGCUCUGAGGAGAUCUCCUUAAUUGCUGAACAGCUCUCCAUGGAGAAGGAGGUGGUGCGGGUCUGGUUCUGCAAUCGCCGACAGAAAGAAAAGCGAAUCAACUGCCCCAUGGCCACCCCCAUGAAGUCACCCAUCUACAACUCGAGGCUGGUCUCCACUACAGGGUCUCUUGGUCCCCUCUCUGUCACUCCUGUUCAUACCACCAUGCCCGGAACAGUAACGUCAUCCUGUUCCCCGGGGAACAACAGCAGACCUUCUUCUCCUGGCUCAGGACUCCAUGCCGGCAGCCCCAGUGUAUCUCAGACUCACUCAAAAGCAGCAGUGAAUUCCAGUUUUAACUCCUCUGGACCUUGGUACCGAUGGAAUCACCCCACCUACCUCCAUUGAGACCAGAGAAUCUCUGCCGCUGUUUCCCUUGUUGCAUGAAGGGAAGUCUCCCUCUUGCCUUUGGGUUAUGGACCAAAUUUUCUAAGAAGAGGAGAGGAGAUUCCACUAUCAACAAGCCCAAAUUCUUGCCUUCUUCAGCAGCAAGAGGCUCAAGAGAUUCAAACUGUGAUUGCACCAUGUGUUGACUCUUAAUGCUCUUGAAAUAUAAAUCUCCCCCUCUCUCUAGGAGUUUGCCAACCUCAUCUUCCCUGUCUGGGACCUGCUCUUAUAGUCCCAAACACCUGAGAUACUUCUCAUGCUUAGGGUUUUUCGGAGGAAGGAGACCUUGGUCAUUUCUUCACAGCUCAAAGGAGGGUUUCCCAUGAGAACAGUCUACCUAGCAUACCAUACCACAAAUACCAAUGGGGCUAUACUGAUAUUAAGUAUAAACUGAGCCAUGGUCACCAAAUUCAUUUCAAUAGAGAAUUGUAUCGAAAUUUGAACCUGGUGCUGCCUACAAGGCCCCUCUGCUUCAUUUCUUUAUCUGUUCAACAAAGUUUUUAGGUCUGUAUACUCUUUUCCUUUCUCUUUCUUUUAAAGACAUCCAAAUCUACCUAUAUUUGUGUGCUUCCCCACUGCUAACCACCAUCCUUCUGUUUGCAGAAGACUGAACUAUCCUUAGUCUCCUUAAGUCAAUCUCUUUCCCUUGCCCAGACUCAGAAUGUUGCUUCUUUAUGUAUUCUUUCUUUCCCUCCUUCCCUGCUCUUCUGGGCUUCCUUGGCUGUGGAAUGGUGGGACUAAAUACGCACACAUACAUAAAUGAUAAUGACAACUACAUACUUGUAAAUACCCCCCUGCCCACCUCCUCCCCUACCCCCCCCCCAGUAUGCUCUUUCCUUAAGAUGGAGUUUUAAACGUACAUAACUCAGGUGCAAAUUUUGAAGACGUGUAAUAUUUUGUCUUAUUUUUUAAAAAAAGAAAAGAAAAGAAAAAUACCAAAGUGUGAAAUACCCUGGUAGCUUUCAGAGUUCCUAGGACUUAGAGCUGGAAAGGGCCUCUGAGAUUAGGAAACUGAGACCUAGAGAAGCUAUGACUUAAAGUCACACAGG